UUGGUGUUAAUAAACCCGAACGUGUAUAAAUCAUGGUGAGAGUGAAGGUACCCUACUGUUACCUUAAUUCCCGCUUUCUCCGCCUCGCUAGAGGUAGGUCUAUGUUGGCUUGAUAGCAGCAAAAUUUGGAGGAGUCUGCCUAGGCCGAUAGAUGACCACGGUUUAGCAGGCAUAGCCUACCUCGAACAGUUCUAGCGCCUGUUUUAUGAGAGACAGAUUUCUACCCAUUAUAAGAAGCAUAUGCGAACAGGGAUGAUUUUGCGCUAAUCUGAUGCCAUUUCCUCCAGGAGUUGGGAGUCGUCAUCUAAAGCUUAUGCUGAGCUGUUUUUUUGGUAUUCGGGCCCUUCUUACGCAGGGGUAUCUUCUGUAUACAAGCCACUCGGUGUUCGUUCGAGCUGGAGAAUCCGUCCAAACAACUUUUAAAAGAGUUAUUCAAUUUUACACCAUUCACCUCACAUUGCGUUAUUACUCACCCGCCGAGUCAUGGAUCUCCAGAGCCAAGUCGAGCCGAAUACCACUAACAACAACAACACAAGCACCGUCGUCGCUCGUCCAACCAAGCCGUCGAAGCUCCGCCAGACGUGCGACCUGUGCAGCGAGGCAAAAGUUAAGUGCGACAAGGGAAAUCCAAGGUGCGGCCGCUGCGAGAGGCUGUCGUACGAGUGCCUCUACAGCCCAGCCAGACGUAUUGGCAGACCGCGUCCACGUUCCCCACGCCCCCAAGACGCCCCGCGCCCCCAAGACGCCCGACAGGCGGCUCGCGAGGUCAACGCCGUGGCGGAUGCAGCCAGUAAACAAUACACGCCACCGGCGCCCUCGGUCCGGCCCGCUGAAGCACCUCCGGCGGCGCAGCACCAAGACCUCAGCGAGACACUGCCAGACUGCUUCUCUGACGAUGGCAGUGCCAGUGCCAGUGGCAGUAACAACUCCAGGAACAACGACGUCCCACAGUCGGCCAUUCUAGGAGACGCCCUCUUCAGCAGCCUCGAGCAGCCCUCGUUGGGCAUGCACGAGGUCCCACAUAAUCCCUACGAGCACGACUGCGCGACCGUAGCCGUUGCAACGCUUAGGGAUCUCGCAGGGGCAGGGCUCGAGGGCCAGUCGACUGCUCCAGCAACCGCAGCCAGGGACGUGCUCGCCGAAAAGAUACCCCAUGCGUGCAGACAAGCAGCGCGCAUCCUCGUGUGCCCAUGCUCGGCUGACAUGGAUACGGCCAUGCUGGCCGCAUCACUCGCCGCCGCCAUCCUGGAUGUCGCCGACGCCGCCCUGCGCGUCUUCAAGCCUGCGGGACAUGCCCUCGACGACGAACAGCGCACUGUCCUGACCCUCGGCACUCUCACCAACAUAUCCCAGGUCGUCACCCUCUUCACGCACCGCUACAGCGUCACUCAAGCUAGUCGUCCACCAGAGGCGUUGCUGUUGCUCGCUGCUUCCUUGAGGACUACGCUCAAGACUAUGGCUGAGGAGACGACAAAUCGCUUCCUGAGCAGUGGCGCCGCACAUAAGCGCGUCAAGGUGGCGGCUAGUGACUGCGUGUGAUGAUUGAGUGGUUGAAUUCAGUACCCCACGAUGGGGGUGGCUUAGAUGACU